AUGACAGAAGAGCCUCUCCAGGAUGAGGGCGCGGGCCCGCCUGAGGCGGCCUCAACUCUUGCUGCUGCUCUUGCUGCUCUUGAAGGGGACUUGCAGCAGCAGCAGCAGCAGCAGCUGCAGCAGCAAGUGCUGCAGCAGUUAAAGGAGCGCACCUGCAGCAGCAGCUGCAGCGGAGACCCUGUGUUCAGUGCUGAAGAAUUCUCGCAGCUGUGCAGCAGCGUGCUGCUGUCUCCUGCUGCUUGCAGCAACAUCAAACGCAGCAGCAGCAGCUGGCGCUGCUGCUUCUCUCGCCUUCAGUCCGCAGCAGCAAAGGCACUAGCAUGCGAAGCAGCAGCAGCAGCAGCAGCGGGGAAAGAGACAGAGGCGCAGCAGCAGCAGCAGCAGCUCCCUUUGCUGCAGCUUUUCUGCUCGACACUGCAGGAGACAAUCAAAGGCCUCAGCUGCAGCGCAGCAGCAGCAGCUGUCGGCAGCAGCUUCCUCACCAUAUUGCUGCAGCUGCCUCCUGCUGCUCUUGCUGCUGCUGCGGCUGUAGACUGCUGCGCACAAAGCAUCAGACAAGUGCUGCAGCAGAUGGAGCGGGUGUUUGCUGAUGUGUUUGCUGUUGCGUUUGAGCACCACAGUCGCCAGCAGCAGCAGCAGCAGCAGCAGCAGCAGCACGAGCACCAGCAGCAGCAGCAGCAGCAAGAGGUGCUGCAGGUACAAGUAGAGCAGCUGCUGCACCGUCAAGUGUUGCGGCUUCCGUGGGUCCACGUGCUGCAGCAGCUGCUGCAGCAGUCUUCUAAGGCAAGGGCAUAUGCGCUGCAGGUAGCAGAGAACAGCGUAAGCAGCAGCAGCAGCAGCAGCAGCAUUUGCUGCUGGAUGCUGUGCCGCUGGGCCUGUGAUGUUCUGCUUCAUAGAAAUAUUAGACGCGAUGCUUCUGCUGCUGCUGCUGCAGCAGCAGCAGAAGCAAAAAAGGAGGCUCUUCAGGUUCGGGAUAAACUGCUUCAUAUAUUUCUUCAGCUGCUGGAGGGCCGGCGAGGCUCUGGGGUGUCUCUGCAUGUAUCGUUUGCUGCUCUAGGUUUGCUGCUGCAGCAAGAAGACUGGGAAGCAGUUGUUGCUCCUGCAGCAGCAAAAGGCUUUGCGCGCUCCUUUGAUGCUGUGGGGCCCCCGGUGCUGCUGCUGCUGCGACAUUCAAGAUCAGACUGCUCCAAGUGUCUGCUUCUGCUGAUCGAGGAGCUGCUGCCUACUCUGAAGGGAGCAGCAACACUUGCUGCAGCUGCACGAGGCCGUGCUGCUCUUGCUGUCAGCAUCAUAAGACAAGCAGCAGCAAACUGCCGCACUGCAGCAGCGCCUCUUAAAGUGCAGCAGCAGCUGCUGCGCGAAUUAAAUGCUCCAGGCCUUAAAACAUUCGACUUCAUUGCGGUGCUGCAGGCAGCUGCUGCAUGCACUCCCUCUCUGCAUCAGGAGCCAACUGUUUCUGCUGAGGAGCUGCAGCAGCUGCAGCAGCAAAUAAGCAGCAGCAGCAAGGUACAUGCGUUACUAACAGCGACUGUAAACGAUGAUGUUAAGGCCGCCUGCUGCGGUUUUCUGGGGCAGGUGCUGCCGCUGCUGCUGCGGCGCAGCAGCAGCGGCAGCAGUUCACCUGAGCAGCACAAGGAGCUGCAUCAUUUGCUGCAGCAAGGAGUAAAUCUGCUGGUUGGCUUCUGUGAUGUUUGUAAUAAGAAGGGGGCAGUCUCUGCAGAGCAGCAGCUGCUGCUGGCAGCAGCAGAAGAUGCGCUUGAGAGGAUUGCUGCAGCAGCAGCAGCAGCAGCACCAGCAGGACCGGCAGCAGCGGAGACUGAACAUAUGCUGCUGAAGGUGCAGCAGCAUCUGCUGCCGCUGCUGAGCGCAUGCAGCACCCGUGCUGCGCUGCGGGCUGCUUCGCUUAGGGCCUGGUCUCUGUUUUUGCUGCUGGAGCAGCUCUCACCAGAAGCAGCAGCAGCAGCAGCUGCAGCAAAGCAGCAGCACGACGGCGCAAAGAGCCCCGCGGUUGCUGCAGCAGCAGCACUGUGGUUUGAGGAGGACUCUUGCUUCUCUUGUGUGCGACCGAAGCAAACAAGGGAAGAGCUGCUGCUGCAGCUUCGGGUGUACGUGCAGCUGCUGAUGAGGCAGCAGCAACCCUUAGGCGGUCUACACCUUACCAGGACAUCUGCUUGCUGCAGCAACGAUGAGGGCCUCUGUGCUGCUGCUUGGGAUGUUGCAUGCUCCGUUGGUGCUGCUGCACGCCAGCAGCAGCAGCAGCAGCAGCAGCUGCAGCAGCAGCAGCACAAGGCCCUGCAACCCGCGUUUUAUAUGGGGUUGCUGCGCGUGCUCUGCCACCUGCAGCAGUUUCAUGUGUCUCCUGCUGCAGCAGCAGCAGAGGAGGGGACUGCAGCAGCAGCAGGGCAGCACGGCGGCAGAUUGCUAAAGGAGAGCUACACCUCAAGUUUGCUGCUGCUGCAGCAGGCAGCAGCAGCAGAUGAAGCAGUAGCAGCGCAGCUUGUUCUCGCCUUCUUCCAGCUGCUCUGUGAGGUCUCUGCUGCACGAGCAGCGGAGAGUGCAAGCAGCAAAAGCAGCAGCAGCAGCAGCAGCAGCAGCAACAGCAGCAACAGCAGCAGCGUCAAGGCCAAGACAGUCACGUCUCCUCCAGCAGCAACAGCAGCAGCAGCAGCAGGAACAGGACGAGAUGAGUCAACAGCAGGGAUAAGCUGCAGCAUGUUACAGUCUUUGCUGCAGCAGCUAUUGCGGCUGAUAGUGCCUGCUGUGCAGCGCAGCAGCAGCAGCAGCAGCAGCAGCGGAGAGCUGCAUGCAGCACGGCCUGGCCUUUACGCGUUGCUGUUUUUGUGUGCUGCACACCCAGCAGCAAGAGAGAAAGAAAGAAGCCCCGUGCCUCUCUGCCGAUCUGUCUUGCUGCUGCUCUCAAGGCGCAGCAGCAGCAAAAGCAGCAGCAGCAGCAGCAGCAGCAGCAACGGGUUGAUGGUGGACUGGCAGCAGCUGCUGGAUCUGCUGCCGCUAUCUGUUUCUGAUGCAGCACACAGCAGCAAAGGGGAUCGUGACUACAGCGGCAUUGGGGCUGCAUGCGAUGCUGUUGCUGCUGCUGCUGGUUGCUUCCUCGAGGAGCAACAGCAGCAGCAGCAGCAGAAGCGGCAGAAGCAGCUGACGCUAGAGGACUCAAAGGAGUGGGGCCCCUGCAACAGCAACAGCAGCAGCAGCAGCAGCAGCAGCAGCAGGUGGAGCAGCUGCCUUGGGGGCCUCAGCAGCAGCAGCAUCCGCUGCUGCUGCAGUCUUGUGCAGCAGCUACCCGAAGGAGACAUUGCUGCAUGCAAGCCCGAAGUAGCAGCAAUGUUUUAUGCACCUAACAAUACGCUGUACGUAGCUAGUGGGGUGUAUAUACCUCCUGCAGCAGCAAGUGCGUCUGCUGCUGCUGCUGCUGCUGCUGCACCUGCUGCAGUUCGCCCCAGCAUCAGCAUCGGCAAGACCAGCAGCAACACCAAGACAAAAGGCGCUGCACCUCGCGGGAAGCCAGGCACAGCACCAACAGCAGCAGCAGCAGCAGCAAAGGGACAGAAGAGUUUGACGCGUGAGCAGCUGCAGCAGGAGGAGCUGAAGCAGCAGCAGGAGAAGCGACAGCAGCUGCAGCAGAUGCAGCAGCGCUGCAGCAGAAUCCUCUCGCAGUUGGGGUGUCUGGUGAGGGGUGUUGGAGGGCCUUGUGCUGAGGUGCUGCUAGCUGCAGCAGCACCAGGAGAUGAAUCUCAAGUGCAGCUGCUGCCGCUGCUGCUGCUGAUGCUGCGCUGCAGCAUCACCUGCAGCAGCGCACUGCUGUGUCUGAGGCAGCUGGUUGCUGCUGCAGUGUCUGCUGAGGUGCUUCCGAGGCGCUCAGCACUAGCAGAUGCUUUGCUGCUGGUGCAGCUGCAGCGGGAGGAAUUUGCUGCUGCUGCUGCUGCAGUCUUUUCUUCGGGUAGAGGAGACAAAGCACUUUCACGUGCAGGGAGCGAGCUGGUGCUGCCGUUGGUAGCUGCUGUGCUGCUGCACUCAGACGCAGCAGCAGCAACUGCAUGCAAGCAGGCGUUGCUGCUGCUGCUGCAGCAGCUAAAGCUCGGUGUGCAGCUUGACCCUGAUACUGUUAUCUCGUGUCUUGCUGCUGUGCUGCGGGCACAUCCACAGUUUGCUGCUGCAGUGCAGGAGGCGCUGUGUCUUGCUGCUGCUCAUCUGCUGCAGCAGCAGCAGCUGCCGCAGCUGCUUCUGCUUGCUGCGUCUGAAGCAGCAGCAACUAGGCGAGCUGUUGCUGCUGCAGUGGGACACCUCCCUAAAGAUUGUCUCCAAACUGCUUCUCCGCUGCUUGCGAGCUGUCUCCUGGCGCUGCAGCAAGACAAACAAGACCCCGAGGUGCAGCAGCUUGCUGCUGCAGUGCUGCAGCAGCUGCCGCAGCAAGUCAAAGGAGACACCCAGCAGCAUUUAGAGACACUUGCGCAGCUCCUCGCCUGCCCAGAGAAAACAUUCAGAGAGAUGGCAGCUGAGGCGUUUGCAGCUGAAGUAGAGAGAGAAGGAGGAGGCGAAGAAAAAACAGCAGCAGCGCUGCAGCUGCUGAUUGAUUGCUUUGUGGGUCGCCGUGCCUUAGAGGGCCCGUACGCAGCUCCGAAGGAGCAGCAGCAGCCGCAGCAGCAGCAGCAAGAGCAGCAGCAGCAGCAGGGUGUGGUGUAUAAGAAGAAAGAGCUAGACGCAGCAAACUUCUUUGGCGGCGUUGGUAAGGGUAAAAUGAAGGGUAAAUCUGCAGCAGCAGCAACUGCAGCAGCAGCAGCAGAAGAAAGCCAUACGAAGGAGUCUGGUGAGCAGCAGCAGCAGCAGCAGCAGCAGCUCCGUUCAAGCUCAGAGCAGACAAUGAUGCUGGGAGUUGCUGCUGCUCUCCGCUGCUGCGCAGAGCGACAGCUGCUGCGGACCUCCUCCACGCUGCUGCUACUGCUGCGGUUUCUGCUUGAUGAAGGUUUGUGCUGCCCUGAAGCUUUAGCAGAGCCGCUGCUGCAGCAGGAGCUUCUUGCUGCUGGUGUUGCUGGCAUAAGAAAUGCUGAGGACGACACUCUACGACGCGAAAUAUUCAAGUGUCUAGACAGCAGCACAAGCAACAAGCUAAACAGCACCAGCACCAGCACCAGCAGCAGCAGCAGCAGCAGCAAGAGCAGCAGCGAGAGUGGUGGUGCUGCUGCUGCUCUUCAGGUUGCACAAGCAUUAUUUUGCGGGUCUCUUGCUGAGAAAAUGUCUCCUGGCGAUCCUCUUGUUAUUUUAAUUGUAGAGAGGCUUGAAGCAUCUUUGCUGUCUCCUGCUGCUGCUUCUGCUGAAGUGCAGCUGCUGCUGUCACGCCCCCUCACACCUCUUGUCAAGCUGCUGGGGGCAGCAGACAGCAGCGCAGCAGCAGCAACAGCAACAGCAGCAGCUGACGGGGCAUCUGCAGACACGGAACAGCAGCAGCAACAGCAGCAACAGCAGCAGCAGCAGGAAGGUGGGGGCGAGCUGGAGCCUGCAUGCCCUGCUCGGGCGCUGCUGCAGCGUUUACUUGCUGCUGCUCUUGAAGCAGCAGAUUUACCUGUAAGGCGAGGCGCAGCACUGGGAUUAGCAGCAGCAGUAAAGGGGUUUGGUGUUAUGUCUCUACGACGAGAGGGCGUGCUGCAGCAGCUAAGAGCAGCACUUUCUUCUACAGACAGCGUAGCAAGACAAGGGGCUCUGCUUGCUGUUGAAGCACUUAGCUGCUGCUUAGGCCGUUUGUUUGAACCCUUCGCGCUGCAGCUGCUUGGUUUGCUGCUGUCUUGUCUCUCGGAUAACUCUAUACCCGUACGUGCUGCAGCAGCAGCAGCAGCAAAACAGCUUAUGAAGCAUCUCAGCAACCACGGGGCUCGGCUCGUUCUUCCUACGCUUACAUCAAAUCUAAAAGAUAAACACUGGCGGGUGCAAGUAAGCAGCAUAGAGCUGCUUGCUGCUUUCUCAAGCUGUGCAUCAAAGCAGCUUGCUGCUGCUGUACAUACAGUCAUCCCUCUACUAACAGAUGCAGCAAGUAAUGCAUCGCUGCCUCAGGUGCAGCGAGCUGCUGAAGAAGCAUUAAAGACAUUCAGCCAAGCUGUACGUACACCUGAACUGCAGCAGCUCGCGCUGCAGCAGAUUGUUCCUACACUUGUUGACCCCACAACAGAUAAUAUUAGAAGAACGCUUGAAGCUCUCUUAGCAAUUGAUUGUAGCGGGUUUAAAGAAGAAGCAGCACUGUCUCUCUGUAUACCGCUGCUGCUGCGGGGCCUUGCAGAGCGCAGCAGCGACAUACGCUGUAAAGCAGCAGAUAUUAUUGCUUCAUUAGGGGUUCUGUGCCAGCAGCAGCAGCAACAGCAGCAGCAGCAGCAGCAGGAUUUGGUGAUGCAGCCGCUGCUGCCGUAUCUACCGCAGCUGCUGCCCUCGCUGCAACAAGCUCUCGGAGACCCUAUUCCAGCUGUACGCUCAGCAGCAGCACGUGCAUGCGGCGCAUUAGCAUGCGGUGUUAAUGAAGCAGAGCUUGGAGAUCUGCUGCAGCAGCUGCUGUCUACCCUGAGCAGCAGCGAGAGCAGCGUAGAAAGAAGCGGUGCAGCAAAUGCUUUAUCAGAGUUGCUGCUGGCUUGGGGGCCAGAGCGACUGCAGCAGCUGCUGCCGUUGCUGCUGCAGCAUGCAACAGACACUCAAGCUCCAGCAGCAAGUCGUGAAGGUUUUCUAGGUUUGUUUGUCUUCUUACCUCGAGCAUUUAAGAAAAGUUUUGAUGAAUUCGUCCCCAGAGUGCUGCCAGCAGUGCUGCAGGGUUUAGCAGCAGAAGAAGAAGGUGCUCUGGGGUCUGCAGAUUCAUCUGUGCGCCGGGGUGUCUGCUUGGGGCUGCUGGAAACGUUUAAGAAUGGUUCACGUGCUGCACUUGCUGCUGAAGUAGAUAGCUUGCUGCGGCUGCUGCGGAAGGCUCUGCAAGACAAAGACGCAAGUGUGCAGCAGGCUGCUGCUGCUGCUGCUGCUGUUUCUUUGGAGACCCUCGGGCAGGAAGCAAGCAGCAGAUUGGUGCCGCCGCUGCUGCAGCAGCUGCUGCAACCGCCGCUGCUGAGUCGCGAAGAUGCAGCAGCAGCAGCAGCAGCAGGAAGAGCAGCGCAGCUGCAGGGGUUGGAGCUUUUGCUGCGCGAGCAGCCGCAUGCAGUGUUGCCGCUGCUGCUGCAGCAAGCAGCAAUACCGCAGCAAGAUGGUGCUUCUGCUUCUGUACUUGGUGCUGCUGCUGCUGCUGAUCCGCAGCGUCUCUCCCGGCACCUCAAUCGUAUCUUUGAAGCGCUUAUCGCAGGCCUGCUGCAACCCCGUGCUCUGGAUGAGGACGGGUUUAUAGCGGAGGAGUGCUUUCGCGCUGCAGCAAAGCUGCUGCAGCGGCUUGAUACAGAGGGCCUCGAGGUGCUGCUGCUGCUGCUGCAGCAGCAAAUGAAGGCAGCAGCACCCGUAUGUGAGGUCUCCUCCACAGGGCGUCUGCAGCUGCUGCAGCACAGAAGCAGCAGCAGCCAUAAACCCAGGGGCGCUGCAGGAAGCAACGGCUGCGCACCCGCACCAGCAGCAGCAGCAGCAGCAGCAGGAGCUGCUGCUGCUGAGCGUUCUCCUGACGAUCCUAUAACAGCAGAUUUGUUCUUCGAUGCUGAGGCGCUGCGCUGCAACAAUGCAUUUAAAGCUGCUUCAGAGACAGCAGCAGCAAACCCCAAGAGGAGGGAGAUCUGCUGCUGCUUGCUGCUGGCGGUUUGCUGCUGCCGCGCGCAAGCGGAGCUUGAGAGCAAUAUGCAGCUGCUGCUGCAGCUGCUGCUCCCUGUUGCCUUGGCAGACCCCUCUGCUGCUGCUGCUGCUGCUGCAUGCGCAGCACUCAACAUACUCCUGCCCCCACUGUCUAGAGAUGCGCUCGAUGGCUUAAUACCCUUGCUAUAUCAGGGUCUAUUCCGAUUGGUAGCUGAUCCCUUAACAAAGCGGCCUGUGGGGGGCGAAGUGCUGCUGCUGCCUGGCCUGAGCAGCAGCAGCAGCAGCAGCAGCGAGUUGCUGCAUUGCUGCAUACGUGAAGGCGUGAUACCGUGUUCAAGCUCCUCCUCUUCCUCAGCAGCAGCAGCAGCAGGACCUAUCAGCAGCAGCUGCAGCAGCAGCUUAGCGAGUGCAUUGCUAGCGGGCUGUUUGUCUCUUAAUCCCAAGUGUAGAGAGGUAGCAGCAAGAAGUCUUGAGCUGCUGCUGCUGCAUGCGCAGCAGCAGCAGCUAAAAACUCUCGCUAUUAAAAUCACCGGGCCCCUCAUUCGCUGCACCGCUGACCAACUGCCAGUCAAAGUUAAGAGUGCGCUUCUAAGGGCUCUCAGGGCUUUGCUUCUGCGUGCUGGGGUGUACGUCAAGGCUUUGCUGCCGCAGCUGCAAGCAACGCUGCUGAAGUGUCUUGCUGCAGCAGCAGCAGCGGCAGCAGGAGCCACAGCUGCUGCUCUUUGCCGCUGCUGCUUGGGGCUUGUUGCUGCGCUGCACACAAGAAACCGUGUAGAGGCCCUUCUAGGAGAGCUUGCGCUGUCUAUACACCCCACAGCAAACACUGCAGCAGCAGCAGCAGCAGCAGGAGUUAAUACUAUCUCCCCUCUCGUCGCUCUCCAGGUGGUGCAGCAAGUGUUAGUAAAUACGCGGGAGCCUAUCGAAGACCCCGCGCUGCUGCGGGAUGUUGCUGCUGCUUGCUGGGCAGCAGCAAGUGCAGCAAGAGAUGAGCAGCAGCAAAUCGUUGCAUGCACUGCGCUGGGCUGUCUCCUCGCCCCAGCUGCACAUACACCGCAAGCGCAGCAACUGCUGCAGGAGUUCAUUGUGGAGGCAGCAGCAGAUUUCCAAACCGAAACGCGCAAGAGCGGGUGUUUGGUGUUGGCGAGUUUGCUGCGAGCUGGAAACGAGGAGCAGCUGCUGCAGUGCCCGUUGCUGCAGCAGCAGCAGCAACUGCAGGAGCUGCUGCUGCAGGUGCUAGAAGACCGAUCUGCUGCUGUGCAAGCUGCUGCACUUCAGGUGUAUAGGCAGCUGGUGCGACGUUCAGACAAACAGCAGCAGCUGCUGGAUGUUUGCUGGGCCCUGCUGCCGCCUGUGGAGGCAGCAGCAACAGCAGCAGCAGCAGCAGCAGCACAAGCUGCAGGUGAAUGGGGUCCUGCUGAGCAGCUUCUGCUGCAGCUGCUGCGCUCGCGUGCUGGCAGCAGCGGGGUGACUGAGGAGGAGGCGAACGCGCUGCUGAAUGAUGUAGAAAACAGCAGCAGCAGCAGCAGCAUUACAGGACGGCGGCUGCAGCAGCUAGGAGACUACCUGUUUAGGGUGCUGCUGCGCGUGCAUGCGGACGCAGCAGCAGCAGAAGCAGCAGACAGCGGAGAUGAAGCAGCAUUCGCAGCACUUGCUGACGAGCCUGAACUAAUUGAUGAUAAUUGGGAGGUCUUCCUGUAA